AUGAGGUGUUUUACUCUCUUGGUGCUUCUUCUUCUUCUUCAUCAUACACCAUCUUCCACUUGUUCAUCGGUAUUAUUGCCACUAUGCAACUAUCAUGACAACUCAAACCUGCUCCAAUUCAAGAACUCAUUUGCCAUUAACACAUCAUUGUACAACAAGAUAGCGUCGUGGAACAAUGGUACGGAUUGUUGUGACUGGGAUGGAGUCACGUGCGACAUUACGUCAGGGCACGUGAUCGGCCUUGACCUAAGUUGCAGCAUGCUUCAAGGGGAGUUUAAUCCGAACAGCACACUGUUCCAACUCACGCAUCUUCAACAACUCAACCUUGCCUUCAAUGACUUCUCCGACUCUCCAAUAUAUCCUGGAAUUGGUAAUCUUGUGAGUCUCACCCAUCUCAAUCUCUCAUACUCAUCAUUUGGCAGUCAUAUUCCAUCGACAAUCUCUCACUUGUCUAAAUUACUCUCACUUGAUCUCUCGUGGAAUUACGAACUGAGACUUGAUGAAUCCACAUGGAGCAAACUCAUUGGUAACACCACUAACUUGAAAGAGCUACUUCUAGAUGACGCAGACAUGUCUUCUAUCAGAGAAACGUCAUUGUCUUUGCUGAUGAAUUUGUCAUCCUCGUUGCUGUGCUUGAGACUUUCUCACACUGGAUUGCAUGGAAAAUUUUCAACUGGCCUACUCGAUUUACCUCAUCUUGAAGAACUAAAUUUGCAUGGCAAUGAAGAGCUGAAAGGUAAACUUCCAAAGUCCAAUUGGAGCAGUCCUCUAAGGUUCUUGGACCUUUCUUGGAUAGCUUUCUCGGAAGAAAUACCUGAUUCCAUUGGCCACUUGAAGUCUCUUAACCAACUACGGCUAUUCCGUUGCCAAAUUGAUGGAUUAAUUCCUGUAUCUUUGUGGAACCUCACUCAACUAACUCAUUUGGACCUUUCAGAAAAUAGACUUCAUGGUGAGAUCUUCCCAUCUUUACUUUCAAACCUCAAACAUCUCACCUUCUUAGAUCUCACAGGUAAUAGUUUUAGUGGUCAUAUCCCAGAUGUGUUCACCAAUUUCACUAAAUUAGAAUAUUUGCGACUUGGUGCUAACAAUCUUGAAGGCCAACUGCCGCGAUCAUUAUUUUCUCUAACUCGACUUUCUUUUUUGGAUUUGUCAUCCAAUAAAUUAGGAGGCCAACUUCCACCAUCAUUACUUGAUCUAACUCAACUUUCUUACUUAAAUUUGCACAAUAACUUUAUAAAUGGGACAAUUCCCGAUUGGUGUUAUUCUUUGUCUUCAAUAACAAUGCUAGAUCUUAGUAUGAACCAACUAACAGGGUCAAUUAGCAAAUUCUCCAGUUAUUCAUUGAUAUUUUUGUGUCUCUCUAAUAAUAAUUUUCAAGGUGAAUUUCUGAAUUCAAUCUUUGAAUUUCUAAAAAAUCUCAACUAUUUGGAUGUGUCAUCAAAUUACUUGAGUGGUCUUGUGAACUUUUCUCGUUUUUUAAAGUUGAAAAAUUUAACUUUUCUUGAUCUUUCUAACAAUAAAUUUCUUUCUGUUGAUAUUAAUAGUAGUAUUGACUAUGUCUUACCCAAACUUGACAGUUUAUAUUUCUCUUCUAGUAGUAUUUCUGUCUUUCCUCCAUUCCUAACUAGACUACAAAAUCUAAGAAGUUUAGAUCUUUCUAACAAUAAAAUCCAUGGAAAGAUUCCCAAUUGGUUCAGUGACAAUCUCUUGCACACAUGGAAGAGCAUGGACUAUAUUGAUCUCAGUUUUAACAAUCUGCAAGGAGAUCUUCCGAUUCCGCCAUAUGGCAUUCAAAUGUUUUCAGUCUCAAACAACAAUUUUACUGGACACAUUCCUUCAACAUUUUUCAAUGCAAGUUCCCUCAAUACACUCAUCUUGUCUCACAACCACUUGUCUGGCACCAUUCCUUCAAUGUUUUGCAAUGGAACCUUCCUCUAUGCACUCAUCUUGUCUCACAACCACUUGUCUGGCGUGAUUCCACAAUGCUUGGGAGCAGUUCCUGAUCUCAUGAUUUUGGAUCUUCAAGUGAACAACCUUCAUGGAAACAUACCUACAAAUUUUUCUCAAGACAACAAUUUUCAAACAAUAAAGUUGAACAACAACCAACUGGAGGGUUCGUUACCAAGGUCUUUGUCUAACUGCACAUGGUUGGAAGUUUUGGAUCUUGCAGAGAAUAACAUAGAGGAUGUGUUUCCUAGUUGGCUAGAAGGUCUUCAGGAGUUACAAGUACUCAGUUUAAGAGCAAAUAAGUUUCAUGGUACCAUCACUAGUUUCGGUGCCAAACAUCCAUUCCCAAAGUUGAGAAUAUUUGAUGUUUCCAACAACAAAUUCAGCGGCCCUUUGCCAACCUCGUUCUUUGAGAAUUUUCAAGGAAUGAAGGAUAUGAGUAAUAGUACUCACCAUCCUCGUGGCUUGUCAUACAUGGGUAGCAGCUUAAGCUUCAGUAGGAGGUUGUACAAUGAUUCUGUAGUGGUUAUUAUCAAAGGUCAGUCCAUGGAGCUAGUGAGAAUAUUAACCACUUUUACAACUAUAGACUUGUCAAAUAACAUGUUUGAAGGAGAAAUCCCACAUGUCAUUGGAGAAUUAAGUUCUCUCAUAGGGCUUAACCUUUCUCACAAUAAAAUCAGUGGUAUGAUUCCAAUAACACUGGGAAAUUUGACAAGUUUGGAAUGGUUAGACCUUUCAUGGAACCAACUGACAGGUGAGAUUCCUAUGGCUUUGACCAAUUUGAAUUUUCUGGCUGUCUUGAACCUUUCUGAAAACCAGUUGAAGGGAAUGAUACCAACAGGAGAACAAUUCAAUACAUUUCAAAAUGAUUCCUACAGAGGAAACCCAAUGCUUUGUGGAUUCCCUUUGUCAAAGUCAUGCGACAAUGACAAAGAACAACCACCUUCAGUGUUUACUGAGGCAAAAGAAUCAUUAUUUGGGUGGAAGUCAGUAGCAGUGGGAUAUGGAUGCGGAGUGGUAUUUGGGAUGUUCCUUGGAAGGUUGUUUAUCAAAACUGCGAAACCCUUAUGGCUUGCCAGACUUCUUUGUGGUUAUACUUAACAAAGCAAGCUCAGGAGAGGCAUGUAAAC